AUGCAAAAGCAGAAAUUUAAAACAUUACGAAAAUAUUUCAUACUAUUGUUCAUACUCCACAUAUUAGUCAAUAUAUGUAUGUGUAACAAUAAAAAAAAUAAAAACAUAUUUUAUCUAAACCCAAAUAAAGAUCAUAAAAAAUCGAAAAAUAACAUAAAUAAAUAUUCAAAAAAACAUAUUGACAAACAUGAUCACAUAUUGAAGUAUUAUUUCUUAUAUCCACAUUCUGAUGGCCAUUGUAAUAAUAAAGGAAAUGUUAAAUAUGAUAAUUUGUUUAAAUCAAAAGAAAUAAAAAAUGGUUGUAUUGCCGAUUGUAGAAAUAGUAAAAUAUAUUACGAAUGCCGUAUUACAAAAAUAAAGGAUAUCUCCAAAAAUAAAAAAAUUAAAAAUGUAAACCCCCAUCUUGAUUAUUUCAAAGACAAAAAUAAAAAAAUUACUGAAAAAAUAGAGGAAAAUAAUCUCAAACACAAACAAAUUUUAGAAAACUUACAAAAUAACUUAAAUACAAAUAUAGAAAAAAAAAAAAAAACAGAAAUUAUCCAAUCUAACAAAUUGGAUGUAGAUUUAAAAAGUGAAACAAAUCCUUCCAAUAAUAAUAUCUCGAAAAAUGAAGUAGAUAUAUAUAUAACAAAAUAUGAAAAUGUUUUUUUAAAUAACAACAGUAGAAUAAUGAGCUUAACGCCAAGUGGUGUACAAAAUAAUACAAAAAAAGAAGCAACAAUUGAUGAUAUAUUAUAUGGAGGGUUUUUAAAUAUUUAUAAACCUGUCAAAUUAUAUUCUAUGAAAGUAUGUGAAAAAAUUAAAAAAGUAUUAAAAAAUUAUUUUAUUAAUAUAAAUAAAAAUAACAUUAAAAUAAAAGUAGGACAUGGAGGGACAUUGGAUCCAUUUGCAGAAGGGGUUUUAAUGAUAGGAAUACAAAGAGGUACAAAGGAAUUGUCAAAUUUUUUAAAAUGUUAUAAACAAUAUUUAGCAGUUUCUGUAUUAGGAAUAGAAACCGAUACGUUGGAUAGAGAGGGAAAAAUAAUUAAAAUGAAAGACAUGAAAGGAAUACAAAAAAGAGAUGAUAGUAUAACUGAAUUGUUACAAAGUGAUAAGGAAUAUGCAGAAAAUUUCAAAAGCGAACUAUCUAAGAAUAUAAACAAAUUUAUUGGCUGGAUUGAUCAAGUACCACCUAUUUAUUCAUCCAAAAGAGUUAAAGGAUUAAGAUUAUAUGAAUAUGCACGAAAAAAUAUACCUGUUAAAAUAAAAUCGAAUAAAGUUCAUUUAAAAAAUAUAAAAUAUUUAAAAGAAUUAGAACUUCCAUUUUUUGAUUUGCAUAUACAUUGUUCAGGCGGAACAUAUAUAAGAAGCCUAAUACGAGACAUUGCACAUUCCAUAAAUCAAUAUGCUACUCUAAUUAAAUUAAUUAGGAUAAAACAAAAGGAGUAUUCUUACAAAAAUUCUUUACAUUAUGAUGACAUAAAUAUAGAAAAUAUUAAAAAAUAUUUUAUUAAGUUAUAA